AUGUUGGAAGAACUGGAAGGGUCACAGCUCAGCCAACAGGGUGAAUCCUUCCAUGAUUAUAACCAUACUCACUACUCAGUGAAGGAUUUUCCAAUGAAUGUCCCUGGCAGGACAUUUAUUUACCCCUUCUUCACUAGAGGCAGACCUUUCCCACUGCAAUUGCUUUUCUUUGGCACGUUAUUCUGUAUCUAUAAUGGCUUCCUUCAGGGAUACUACCUGAUUUACUGCGCUGAAUAUCCAAAUGAUUGGUGCACUGACAUCAGAUUUACAUCAGGCCUUCUCUUAUUUCUGCUUGGAAUGGGGAUCAAUAUUCACAGUGACCUCCUGUUGCGCCAGCUGAGAAAACCAGGGGAAGUCACCUACAAGAUCCCUCAAGGGGGAUUGUUCACCUAUGUUUCUGGAGCCAACUACUUUGGAGAAAUUGUGGAAUGGUUUGGCUUUGCCAUAGCAACCUGGUCCUUACCAGCCUUUGCCUUUGCCUUUUUUACUCUUUGCUGCAUUGGGCCACGUGCUUAUCACCAUCACAGGUACUAUCUCAAGACAUUUACGGACUAUCCAAAAUCAAGGAAAGCCUUGAUUCCUUUUGUUUUUUAAUGAUUGGAAUAAGGACU